CACUGGGAGUGGGAUUGGAGGCACACAGAUCUUCGGGACACGGAGCCGGUUCUCUUAACCGCGGGUUUAUGUGUGAUUUUUAACAUAUUGUCUGUGGAUUAAGUGCCUGGAUCAGGAGACUAGGUGCGGCCGGACCACAGCUCUGGAGAAAAUAUUUCCAGGAUAUCAUCAUACUACACUGAAUAUGAUGGCCAGUUAGCCCCCGCAGGACCACCUGAGUUUGGCAUGGCGUCGUCUUCCUACUUGGAGCCCAACCUCAACCACUCAACAGCGGGCGGCUGCGGGGUGAAGUCUCGCUCGGGGAUGCCAGGAGGGACUGGGGUGGGGACCAGCUCCUCUGCUGGGGGUCUGGAAAGGCCCACAGGAUCCAUGGAUCGUGUUCUCAAGAUCUUCCAUUAUUUUGAGACAAACAGUGAACCUUGUACCUGGGCUAGUAAUAUCAGACAUGGUGACGCUACAGAUGUCAGGGGAGUUAUCCAGAAAAUAGCAGAGAUCCAUAAACUGCGCUGUGUGUCGUCCCUGGGUCUGCGCCUCACCCAUCUCCACUCAGACGCUCUUCACUGGUUACACCCAGACUUAGGCGUCUCCCAUGUCCGAGAGAAAUAUGAGAAGCAGCACCCACAAGAGGAGUGGAGGUAUGAGCUACGGAUGCGAUAUUUUCCAAAAGGUUACCUCAGUCACUUCUCUGAAGACAAACCCUCCCUCAACUACCUCUAUCACCAGGUAAAAAGCGACUACAUGCUUCAUAUAGCAGACCAGGUGGAUCAAGAUGUUGCUUUGAAAUUAGGUUGUUUAGAAAUUAGGAGGUUUUUUAGAGAAAUGCCCGGAAACGCUCUGGACAAAAAAUCUAACUAUGAACUACUAGAGAAAGAUGUUGGUCUUAGAAGGUUUUUUCCUAAAAGCCUGCUGGACUCUUUGAAGGCUAAAACUCUUCGUAAGCAGAUCCAACAGACAUUUAAGCAGUUUGCAAAUUUCAAUGAUGAGCAAAGCAUCCAUAAGUUUUUUGAGAUUCUUACUCCUAUUUAUCGAUUUGACAAAGAGUGCUUCAAGUGCGCUUUGGGGUCCAGUUGGGUAAUAUCAGUAGAGUUGGCCAUUGGACCCGAAGAAGGAAUUAGCUACCUCACAGACAAGGGCUCAACGCCGACGCAUUUAGCCAACUUUAACCAGGUCCAGUCCAUCCAGUAUUCCCCUUUAGAAGAGAAGGACAGAAAAGGCAUGUUGCAGCUGAAUGUAGCUGGGGCACCAGAGCCCCUCACGGUCACCACCGCAUCGCUGACCACAGCUGAAAACAUGGCCGAUCUGAUUGAUGGUUACUGUCGACUCGUCUCCUCAGUCUCUCAUUCCUUCAUCAUCAGAGUCCAUAAAGAGGGAGACAGGGCUCUUCCAUCAAUUCCAAAGGUUUCAAAUCAUGAGAGGCGGAUGGAAAAAAGGAUGGACGGUGUACGAACCAGAGCUGUUUGUGUCUCAGGUCAUACUAGUGGAGAUGAAACGGAUGACUAUGCUGAAAUCAUAGAUGAAGAGGACACGUAUACAAUGCCUUCAACUCGGGACUAUGAGAUUCAGCGGGACCGUAUUGAGUUAGGGCGCUGCAUAGGUGAAGGUCAGUUUGGAGAUGUACACCAAGGCAUUUACAUCAGUCCAGAAAACCCAGCAUUAUCUGUGGCAGUAAAAACAUGUAAAAACUCAACUUCGGACAGUGUUAGAGAAAAAUUUCUUCAAGAAGCCUUGACAAUGCGACAGUUCGAUCACCCUCAUAUAGUGAAGCUCAUGGGUGUCAUUACAGAAAACCCAGUCUGGAUCAUCAUGGAGCUGUGCACUCUCGGGGAGCUGCGGUCGUUCCUCCAGGUGAGAAAGUACAGUCUGGACUUGGCUUCUCUCAUCCUGUACUCCUACCAGCUUAGCACCGCUCUGGCCUAUUUGGAGAGCAAACGCUUUGUCCACAGGGAUAUAGCGGCCCGUAAUGUGUUGGUGUCUACAGUUGACUGUGUAAAGCUUGGGGACUUUGGUCUGUCUCGAUACAUGGAGGAUAGCUCUUAUUACAAAGCCUCCAAAGGCAAACUACCUAUUAAAUGGAUGGCACCAGAAUCUAUCAACUUCAGACGAUUUACUACAGCAAGUGAUGUGUGGAUGUUUGGUGUCUGUAUGUGGGAAAUCUUGAUGUAUGGUAUAAAGCCAUUUCAAGGUGUGAAGAACAACGACGUCAUUGGAAGGAUUGAGAACGGCGAGCGGCUGGCAAUGCCCCCUCAGUGCCCACCCACUCUGUACAGUUUGAUGACAAAGUGUUGGUCAUAUGAUCCAAGCAAAAGGCCGCGAUUCAACGAGCUCAAAACGCAACUCAGCACUAUUUUGGAAGAGGAGAAAGUCCAGCAGAAGGAGAGGAAUCGGAUGGAAAUGAGGCGGCAAGUCACAGUGUCCUGGGACUCUGGAGGGUCUGACGAAGCACCACCAAAACCAAGUCGACCCGGAUAUCCCAGUCCACGCUCAAGUGAAGGAUUCUACCCCAGUCCCCAACACCCAGGACACUACCAGAUGGCUGGGUACCCAGGACCCCAUACACUCCCCUCUGUCCCCAGUGCCCUGUACCCCCCUCAAGCCGCGAUGGUGGACACACAUCACGCCCACACCCACCCGCGCCACCAUGUCCACGGGCACUCGCACGCCCAGCUCCACCCUCUGCCUCACGGACAGGACAUGGCUGUGUGGGCCUCUGCCAUUGAGGACAGGGCAGUAGACAUGCAGCCGUGUGUAGGUCCUCAGUGUCUUUUAAUGGAGGAACAGCUGAUGAUGCAGCAGCAGCAGAUGGAGGAGGAUCAGAGGUGGCUCGAGCAGGAGGAGAGGCUGCUGAAACCAGACACAAGGAGCUCUAGAGGGAGUCUGGAUAGAGAAGAUGGCGGGUUGCAGCCACCAACUGGAAACCAGCACAUAUACCAGCCUGUGGGCAAAGCAGAACAUCCCGCUCCCCCAAAGAAACCCCCUCGACCUGGAGCCCAAAGUCAAGUGGGUGGUCUGGCCUGUGUGAAUACUGGAGACAGUUACAAUGAUGGAGUGAAGCUGCAGCCUCAGGAGAUUAGCCCUCCUCCCACAGCCAACCUGGACCGCUCCAAUGACAAAGUCUACGAGAAUGUGACAGGACUGGUGAAGGCUGUGAUCGAAAUGUCCAGCAAAAUCCAACCAGCGCCCCCAGAGGAAUAUGUGCCCAUGGUCAAGGAUGUCGGCCUAGCAUUAAGAACAUUAUUGGCCACAGUCGAUGAGACACUUCCUCAACUCCCAGCCAGCACACACAGAGAGAUUGAGAUGGCACAAAAGCUUUUGAACUCUGACUUGGCAGAGCUCAUAGGGAAGAUGAAGUUAGCCCAGCAAUAUGUGAUGACGAGUCUUCAGCAGGACUACAAAAAACAGAUGCUGACAGCAGCCCAUGCACUCGCUGUUGAUGCCAAGAACCUGCUCGAUGUCAUUGACCAAUCACGGCUCAAGAUGAUGGCCCAGUCCCGCCCACACUAGCCCUGGCAAAGUGUAAUCAGAAGACUUUGUAUUCUAUUUAAAGGACAUCUUGGACAAUGGUGGCGCUUAAGACUCCUGGACUCUUGUUGCAAAGAGAGAAUGAAGUUGACCGCUCCGCUGUAGGAGACAACUAUGGCUCUUAUAUUUUGAUAUAGUCUGUGAAGAAUCGUUGACAAAUCUGUGCAUUAACUUUAAGGAUACACUUCUCCACUGUGACUUUCUAUAUCACACUAACAGUCGAAAACCUCCUGAAUCAGGGACCUGGCAGCUUGACUCUGGUUGGACUGGAACACAGCAAGAAAGGAGCUAGAGUGAAUUUAUCUGGUAUUUUUAUUAACUCUCUGGAUAUAACCUAAAAUGAGCCAAAAUCAUCGGAUCACAGGUGUACACCGAAGAACGUCUAUCUACAAUGUGAAUUUUUCAAAAGCCAUGAUCAUGAACCUAAUUUAACCACAUUGAAUCAGCAUGAGAUUUCUUCACUGGAUUUCUUUUGUUUUCUGCAAACAUGCCUCCACUACAGAGUUCACUGACUGGAUCAAACCAGUCAUAUUUCCUGUCUGCCUUGAGCCUGUCAUCUCAAACUGCCGCGUGGAUGAAAUUCAAAACUGUCCUUGCUGUUCCUGUAUUCUCUCCAUCCAUCUUUUGGUUUUUAUUUAUAGACAGAAAUUGCAGAGGACGAGAUGGACAGAACAGGAGAUGGCAGAGGAAAGCAGGCCAGUCUACUUUUCAUACACUACCAGAAAAACACUCUUGGCUUCCUCUCAACCAACUUUAUCCUGGUCUCCAGCUGCUCAUUGUCUGACAGUCUUCCUAAGUGAGGAUAUGGUUUAUGCACCAUCAUAUACUGUCUCAUUGCAACUAGAGCUGUACAAUUUAAUCGUGAUUACAGUUAUUGCUUCAAUCUUAUUUAUAAUGCAGUGUUUCUCAAACUGUGGUACAACGGUACACAAGCUCCUGCAUUUGGUACAUGGAUUCCUCUGUAGUUCAAUUAUAUUAAGAAUUCUGGGCUAGCCCUUGUUUACAACUAGUGUAGCCUAUGUGGUGUAGUGUCGUUUAGCCAGAGUUAAUACCUAGAAUAAUCCUGUGUUACAUCUGGUGGUACUCUGAAGGCCAAAUAUUGUUUUAGGUGGUACUGAUGUAAAAAGUUUGAGAACCACUGCUAUAAUGGGUUUCAGAAUGUGAACCACACAACAGAAAGUCAGAUAUUUCCCGUAUAAGUUAACAUUUGACAAUAUAUAAAUGUUAGGGUUUUUUUUAUUGAACAGCGCUAAUUGCAACUACAGUACACUGAAGUACAGGGCCGAUUGUAUGGAAAACACUACGUAUUACCAUGAGCCACUUUAUAUUUAUCUAAGUACACAAUUUUAUAUCAUUGUUUGGUGCCACUGACAUAUACAGGCUCAGUAUCUGCUAAUGUCUCCCAAAGAAAGCUCCAGGUACCACCGGUCUUACCUUUGUGCUAACUGUCCCCACAUCAGGUGAACCCAACUGUCCCUGCCUUGAAUCACCAAAACAACAGGGAAACAUCACACAUCAAAUGUGGAGCCACAAAACUGGAACUUGUCUGUGAAACACAAAUCACUGAAAUGAUCGCACAGCACACGGUUCUUUGUGUAUUUUGACAGACUGUUUGUGAAAUGUACAGGUGGAACAUAUGUGCCAGUAUAGCAUGAUAUACUGGUGUGAUGGUGAAUAGCAUAUUUGCACAGCACCAAAAUCUGAAAACAUUUUUACCCUGUUCUGCCCAGAUGUUUCUGCUGCAAUCUCAGUGGUCACAUAUCUGGAUAUCAAUGGGUUAAAAUGUGUAUAAACUAAACACAAUCUAUUUUAACUGUUGUGUAAAUCUGCUAAUGUUGCUAUAUUGUAAGCUAAACUGGUGUGCGUCACUGGUCAAUUGUACAGAACUCGUACUUGUAAACACUGGUUUUUAUUUUGUCUUCGGGGCUGGACCAGCCAUAUUGUCGAAUAGGAAAAAAGCAAUGAAAUAAAAUAAUACUAAAAUAUA